CCUUCGAGGCGGCCUCCCUACGUGCCGCACUCGCGAGGCGCCACCGCAAGCACAGCGACCGCUUAUAACCUCGCUCCAGCCGGAGGCUGUGAAGGCACCGCCGUCAACCGACGAGCUGUACUAUCCUCUCAUGUACUCUCUCAGGCUCGCUACCAGCGGCAGCACAGCGCUCGGCUUCGCGCUCGGCCGGAAGACAGGCGGCGCCGCCGCCGCCGCAGCACCAGGAGGGUUAGUGAACUUAGUAGCACCUGCCACCGCUGCCCAAGUAGGGAGGAGGAGGAGCGUCUCCGCGACGUCGAACGCCGCCGCGCCGGUGCCGGGCGACCAGGACUUCGGCAUGGACCCGGCCAAGCAGCAGCACCACCUGCCCAAGGCGCAGGCGGGGGAGCAGCAGGGCAACGCCAGUGAGGACACGCACAAGACUACCACUGCUCACGGGGACGUGAUGACCCACUCGUUCGGGGAGGGGUACUCGACGAGGUCGGACGAGGAGGGGUUCGGAGGCGUCUACGGCCAGAACGACCCGGUGCUCAACCCUGGGACCGAAAUGCACCCCAACCAUCCUGAGUACGACAAGUCGCAGGGGUCGGAGGUGAAGGAGAAGGAGAAGGCGCGCCAUCUCAAGGACGACAAGCACGCGACCUAAGAUUAAGAUGAUGAAAGGCUAGAUUGCUAGGUGGAGAUCAAUAAUUUGGAUUGCAGUAGCUGAUCAGUGUUUAGUUUGCUUUGUUUGGUUGCCAUGAGGUACCCGCUUCUAUUCCAACUGCUGGCCUGCUAGUGGAGAGUUCGCUUUGAUGUAAAAUUAAUACUACUAAGCUUUUUCUUACAAGAAGCUUUAGAUGUGCGUGAUGAUUUUUCUUGUACUCCUCAUGCUUGUGUACGAGGAGAAAUUCGCUCCAGUGAAUGUUUUACUAAGGCUCCCAUGACAUUUCUGUGUUCGUCAAUAA